AUGCCCAUGCCCGCCGACCGAUGCAGCCUCAAGAAGGAACCACAGCCUCAGCUGCUUGAAGAGCGCCGCGAUUGGGUGCGCAAAGACCGUGCCGUGAAGCUCGAUCUCUUCCUCUCCAUCUCCGAUGACAUCAAAACCGAUCUGUUUGGAGUAGGACCACCACUACCGCCCUCUGCACCAACUGCAAAUCAGAUGCUCGAAGAGCUGGAUGAGCGUUUCAGCCACUACACAUUUGACGACUACCAUCACGCCUUCUGCUACUUCCUGAACCUGCAUCUCGACGACUUCGAGCACCUCGAUGAAUUCCACAAUGAGUUCCGUGGCAUACUCCUCGAAAUGGAAGACUUCGGCCAACCCCUUAAUAACACCCAGGCGUGCUCGGCGUACUUCUCUAAGCUCCGCUGCUGCCAGAACCCCUGGGUGGCGCGCAAGAUAAAGGAA